AUGAACCAAGUUUGUUCGUUGCAUUUUGUAAAAGAUGACUACUUUUUACCAGAUAUCCCAGCAAAAAGUAGAAAUUUGAAGAAAACAGCAGUUCCGUCUGUUAAUCUGCCAGGCAAAGUUUCUCAGAUAAAUGUCAUGAGACAAGAACUGGCUCAGAAUAGACUAAAGAGAGCAGAAAAUAGGAAAAGAAAGCUGGACAAUGAAAGUCAAACACUUAGAGGUGACAGUAAAAAACAAAAAAUAAAAAAUGAGACACCUAAGAAAUGUAUUAUUAAUAAUGCAGUCAACAAUGAGUCUACAAUUGUAGAAGUUGACAAUCACAAUGGAAAGAUUAAUCGUACAGAAAACCAUCCAAUUUCAGAAGAAAAACCAGUACAAGAAGAACUCUUAGAUAAGUUUUCGAAUUACUAUAAAGAUGAAAAAGAUUUACAAAUUAUGACAGGUCUUUCAAGUUUCAGACUUUUAAAUAUGUUGGAAAAGAUUGUUAAAGUUGUUGUCGCACAUGCUGGAUCAAAAACUUCUAAGGAAUUACCAAAAAUAUCGAUAAAAGACAGAAUAGUAUUAACAUUUAUCAAGUUGAGACAUAAUAUUACCUAUAAAGUGCUAAGUGUAAUGUUUCAAAUGGAUUCUGAAGAAAACUGUAAAGCAAUAUUUCAAAAUAUGAUAAGUAUUUUGAGUACUGGCCUACGUUUUGCUAUCCAUUGGCCAAGCAAACAAGAAAUUACAAAAAACACUCCUGAAUCUUUCAACAGCCUUUCUAGCGUGAGGGCUAUCGUCAACUUUGUUGAAACCAACAUUCACAAGCCUAAAAAUGUGUGUUGCCAAGAAAUGUCAAAUCCUUCAAGUGGAGAUGAAUACACAGUCAAGUUUAUGACAGCUGUUUCUCCUUGUGGUUUUAUUACAUACAUAAGUAAAGCGUUUUUAGGAAAAAGCACUGAUAAAGCUAUAUUUUUAGAAAGUGGUUUUGUCAAAAUGUUUGAGAAGAACGAUGGACUUAUGUUUGAUAAAGAAUUUUUAAUUGACAAAACGUGCUUAAAUUUUGCUGUGCAAUUCAUAAAACCUCUUUCUGCAACCGAGAAACAGCCCUUUUCUGGAAAAGAGGACCAAUUAAAUGAUACACUUACAAAAGCUCGUCUUCACAUAAAAAAACUAAAUUGCCGCAUAAAAGCUUUUAAAAUUUUGAGUACCAAAGUUCCAUCUUCCCUAGUAUGUAGGAUUGAGCAAAUAUUCGUCACUAUUUGUGCCAUUGUAAAUUUGAACUCAUCAAUUCUCAAGGAUAAUAAAGUCAGCAAAUAAAAGUAAAAAAUAUAUAUAUAU